AUGGCGGGAAUGCUAAAAGGUUGGAAAGGAAAACUUCUGGCAAGACCUGGGUGGCUUGCUCUUGUGAACUCUGUCCUGACUUCUAUGGCAACCUUCUUCCUCAUCUGCUUUGCCGCCAACAAACGGGUGAUCAAGAGAAUGGAUAAGAUCCGAAGGAACUUCCCGUGGAGUGAUGAAGAGGAAUGCAAAAUCAUGGUGGUCUCGAGAUUAAGGACAUUGAGCUUUUUAGUCGAGCUCUACGGCUGUGUUAAGCAUGAUUAUAAGGGAGAUGCUCUUAUCCUGUUCGAUCGAGAUGCACCACAAGUUGAGCCUCCUCCACCACCUACGGAAGGGCGCAUCGAGAUUGUUAUCAACAAGGAUAUCAUCCGAACACUUGACCUAUCGCCCGUCCAAGAAGCACUCGGCAACCUGAAUUCCUUGACGACAGCUCAAUCAAGAAAUCUGUUGGACAGAACCGUCGGUUUCACAAUAAACUAUGAGAGAGAGGAUCCAUACGAUACGAGAGAACUGUCGGAGUUCCCAGACGUGAGGCUAUGGUUUGUGAGGCUCGAUGCCUCCUACCCCUGGUUUCCGGUGGUGCUUGACUGGAGAGCCGGUGAGCUCGCCAGGUACGCUGCAAUGCUGGUCCCUCACCAGAUGAGCAUGCGUCAUGGUGUAGUCUUCAACCCGGAGGCGCUGGAGCUGUUUGGGAUGAAGAAAGUGUUCCUCGUCUACUCGUGGCUGAAGCAGCAGAACCAUGCCAAGCCCAGGUUGAAGACGGGCGACAUGUCCAAGAUGCUCGGUUUCGGCAUCGGAGAUGAGUUGUUUGAUUUGAUCGAGAAGUAUCCUGUUGAUGAACUCUAG